UUCACGUCUUCUCGUCGUUGGACGUUGAUUUGUCGAGUUCGUGAUUUUGUGGAAAAAUAAAUCCAACCAAUCGUGAAAGUUUCUUGUUAUGGAUAAACGCUGAGGAUUUUACAAAAAUGAAGACGACGUUAAACAUUAGUAAACAUUGUUCUUAGCAUGUUGGAGAACAAAUUUUCCAGACCAGUCCACGUCGUGACUAGUAAAAUUGUGGCUUAAUCUGUUGAAGAAGUUGAAGUCGUGUUUUUGGUGUUAUCAGUGGAAAAAGUAGCACGGAAAUAAUGGUGUCUAUUAUCAAAAAUCAAUUGCUAAAACAUCUUUCACGUUACACUAAAAAUUUAUCACCGGACAAGGUGAAUCUGAGCGCAUUCCGGGGCGAAGGUGAUCUCUCGAAUCUGCAGCUGGACGAAAAUGUGCUCACAGAGCUGCUGGAAUUGCCUGCUUGGUUGCGGCUUACCUCCGCGUGGUGUAAUCAUGUAUCGUUCCGAAUAUCCUGGACCAAGCUAAAAAGCACGCCCAUUACGCUGACUCUCGAUGAAGUAAACAUCACGAUCGAAACGUGCGAGAUCGCACGCAGUGGCACACCAACGACGGGGUUUUCCAGCAUUGCGAUCCCCCAGGGGAAGUACAGCUUUAUCCAGAAGGUCAUCGAUGGCAUAACGAUCGUGGUUAACACAGUGAACGUGAAUCUGAAAAGUCCUGCCUUCACAGCAUCGGUUCAGAUGUCCCGGAUCCGAGUCGAAUCACGCACACCAAAAUGGCUUCCCGGUGAUUUACGUGUUACCAGAAUAAAAGAUCCAUCUCGUGGUUUAGUACUAAUAUUCAAAGAAUUGUCGUGGCAAACGUUGCGUAUCGAAGCGAGCUCUACGCAGGAUCAAAGUCUAACACCCCUGCGAUUGCUUACCAAUCAAGCGCGGUGCAGGAUAACGGUGAAGAAGAAGCUGUCCGAUUGUAGUAUAAUAGCUAGCAGAUUAGUGUUGAUAUUAGAUGAUUUGCUGUGGGUGUUAACUGAUUCCCAGCUUAAAGCCGCACUUUAUUUUGUCGAUUCACUAUCGGGAUUGAUUAAAGCAUCGAACAGUGUGGUUCAGCGAGUGAAAGCUCAGAGAAAACUAGAAACGCUUCCAGAAUAUCAAGCCCAGUUAGCUCAAUCGUCGAGAACACCCGACAUCCAGCAGCUCACAGCAGCACAAAGAAUUUUCAACAUUUACGACGCGAAAGAAACUUCGUACCACUUUUUCAGUCAAAGGAUUGACUUGCACCUCUGCGAUGAUGCCGGAGUGGGUAGGUCUAGCCAUCCAAAUUUGCAGGAAGGUGGAGCGUUGCAAAUUUCGGUGCAAGGUUUUCAAGUGGACUAUUACCCGUAUCAUUUGGCAAAAGCAGAUCGCUCGCAUUGGCCGAAAUACAAAGAAGCAAGUAUCCCUCCUGCCCUGUGGCUUCAGCAAUCUUUAAACACUUUUCGGGAGUCGGUGUUAAAUCUAGCUCAAGCCAAUAAACCCCCCGUUCAUCCAAGUUUGGAGAGAACUACCAAUCUCGGGCAGCAUCCUCAGGCAGCCCAAAGGAAUGCUGGUGCCAGUGGACCGAAUGCCAGUGGGAGCACACCGAAUACACCUGGACCUCAAUCAGCUUCAACUUCUCCUGUAAAAAAACAUGUCCUGGACAACCUGGCUAAACUGAUGUCAGUGUGUGUGAUUUUGAAGAUUGAAGAGUUCACAUUGUAUCGUGUGACGACCGGAGGGAAUAAACAGAUGCCGAAGGAAUUCAUUACGGCACUGAGCAAAAGGAAGAAAGGUGAUCGUGACCGGUACUCGUUGCCACCGGAAAUGCCCACAGUGCACGCGGAGUUCACGUACUUCUACUACCCCGGAGAUUCUGUUUUUCCAUUACCCCCUUCGAAAGCGUUCAUCCACAUCAAUCCAGUGCUGAUUAAUUUCGAUCUAGACAGUUGUUUGUGGUUCAGCUCGUUCAUGCUUAAUUUGCACGAAAGCCUCCUUCAGACGAAUCAUGUUACGAGUAGUUUGAGUUCACCAUCUACAUCGUCAUCCCAUGCGGAAGAAAUGGAACCUCCGCCAAACCUAAUGUACAUGGACGUUAAGGUGGAAGUGAUCAUGCCUCGAAUUGUAUUUGAAGCAGUCCCCGGGGCUCCCCAACAGAAAGAUCGACCGAAAUCGAUGCAAAUUCAGGUGUCUCGCUUCGCUAUGACAAACAUUCGCGAAAUGGGUGCAUCGCGGGCCGACUUAGCACAAGCUAUAUCAUCUCUGCAGAACGGAAGCUUAGUGUUUGGUUCGGGAUUCCCGUCGAAGGCUGGGGAUAUGUGCAUUGUUACCGACAGAAUAUUAUCCCACAUUGCUGCUAAAGAUGUUACUGCUGGCCAACCUAGUUCACCAUUGAUGCAAUCGGCAUUCAGUAGCCUAACGCGUUAUGCUCUGUGGAGUGAGCCUCGGGACGUAUGGUGUAUGAAAUUAGAUCCCAUCUGGGUUGAUUUUUACGGAACACGAUCCGUUGGACUCAAUCGAGCAAUCCCAUUUGUGGAUGCCGUUCCAGUGACGAUUUGGUUGCACGGACGAUCGGACGACGACUUUUUAUCGAAUCAUUUGACUAAGCCCAUCAAAAACGAUAUUAGCAGUAAACGAAACAGCAAUAACUCAAACUUAAUCAAUUCUAGCGAUAGUCUGAUUUUAUCGGUUAGCAAUCUUAAACAAUCACUAGAGUUAGACCCGAUGGUUAGUAAUCUUUAUAAGGAAAGCAGUGAUAAUGGUUCCAUCAAACGCAAUUCCACGUGCCAUCACCCACUCAUUGGUGACAACGUUAAGAAGAAACUGAACGAUUCGGAACAUCGUCCAAUAAAUCCUCCAAAUGACCCUGUAGAUAGUGGUGCGGAUGCAACGAAAACUGCUGAUCUGCACAUAAUAGCACAUGUUUCUAAUCUAGUUAGUGUUCAAAUUGACCAUUAUCAAUACUUGUUCCUGCUGCGUUUAGCUGAGGAGCUGACUGAAUUGACAACGUUCCUUUCUCUGGAUUCGAAGCGUAUUCUACAGGCGGCAAAUAUAGAGAAAUCGAUCAUUGUUGGCUGUGUCAUACCACAGGUGGAAGUUUCACUUGUGAUGCCUUCUCAAACACCAGGCAAGGAAUCGAGUGGUGGCGAUGGAGAAAGUGUACUUCCUGAUUCCGCCAGUUUAGGUGAUGAUCUGCUUACUAACGGUUCCGGUUGGCCUAAUUCAAUGGAUCAAACGAGAAAUUCCAACAUAUUUAGCAGUACAGAUUGCCCUUCGCCUGUUGCAACCGGAGUACCAGAUCCGCAGAUGGCAGGUCUUGAGUUUACGAAUAAAAGCGACAUUCUCAGACACAGCGUCCAAAUUCAAAGUGUCCCUGAGACAUCGUCCGAUGCAAUAUCGAUAGAAACACCAUCAGCAUCGUCAACCAUAGCAGCUAAGGGUCAACAGCAACAAGCUCAAGCCAAGGGCCGUGGUGGAGGCGGAUCCGAUUCCGUUUCAUUCUCCAAAGAUAUCAAUUACGGCUUAAGUUCGAUGAAAAAGGGUUUCUCGAACUUCAUGACAUCGAUAGAUUCAGCAUUGAAGACAAAUAUGUCCGAUGACAUGAGCGAUACACUCUCAGUUCAAUCGGAUCUGAGCUCGGACUCGGAAAAUUAUCUCAUGAUGCUAGGCGAAACGGAAAAAACCGCCGACUGUAUGGAUGUGAUGUUCAAGCUGAAUCCUUUCAGUAAUGACACCAGCAUGAAGGUAGCCCCCAUUGAGCUAGCUAGCGAAGUUUGCGAAGACCCUUAUCUCACCAACAUGUCAUCACCGUCCGAACCGUCCGAGGCAAGUAGUCUGCGAAGAAGGGAUCUGGUUUCAAUGGUUACUUUCAGACUAACUACAGUAGAGGUUAUACGUGAAAACGUCGGAAACACUUCGUCGAUCAGAUUGCAAGUGUCCGCGAUUAGCUGUGACGAGUGCGGUGCCAUUCCUUGGGACGAAUUUCAGAACGACCAGCAUAAGGCAAAGACAAAAUUUGGAACUAGGUGCAGAGCAUGGGACAUAGCACCGCAUAACCCGGGGGCACCGCCUUGUGUCGCAGUUAGGUUAGAGGAAGAGCUCACGCUGCCGGCUGAUUCAUUUAGCGUAACGGACAAAAAAUCUAUACAAAGUUGGUUCAAAAGGAAGCUCAACGUUGAGGUGAAAAAUAUUAAUCUCCAACUAUCGAUGAGCACCGUCGUAGGCCUUGGCGAUCUUGCCGAGGACGAGGUCAUUCCGACGCCCAUUCCAAUGGAAGUGAUGCUGGAAAACGUAAAGAUAAACCUCAUCGAAGAUCGCCCACCGGUGAACAUUACGUCCCCUGGAUCGCUUCCCGUUAAUCUGGCCAUUGGUCGGAUGUUCAUUACGAGAGAUGCCGCCGGAGUGUUCUAUUUGCAACCGCAGGAUAAAAGUGACCCACAAACGGAAAGAUCGUCAUCGGUGACGAUAGCAAAACGAAACGACGAAACAGUGAAGAAGGAUCGUGAUCGGGAAGUGCUUUCGCUGAAGCUGGUUAUGGAGCAGCUCAAGAUGGAUAACGAUCUAUUGCGGAAACAGUUGAGUAGCAACGAGAAGAUUGUAGAAACGAUCAAAAUCAAAACCCGCCAGGAAAACGAUGUCCUUCGUACUACCUUGAUGGCAGCACAGGACAAUGUUUCUACCUUAUUGGAUGAGAAGCGUACUCUCAUGGACACAAUACGAUCACUCCAGAACCAGUUGACAGCGCUCAGCGAUGUCCAGAUGAAUGCCACCAAUGGGAAGAGAUAGCAUAAUUGUAUGGACUGCAUACAGUGCUGUGGCGAAAAUCCAUUCUAAUGGUGUUGUCGCCGGGUGGUGGGUGUACGAGUAGAAGGUCUUGAUAGGUCGCGAAAUCGAUUCGUUUUCGAUAAGCUUUAGUGGGGGAGCUCUUCUUCGGUGUUUCUUGGAAUUUCUUUCCGUUUCAAACUCAAACCACUGGCUAACGUUGGCAUGCUUAACUCUAUUCGAGCUAUCUUUAGAAACCAUGUGUGUACCACAUUUUGAAGAAAGUAAAACGGAUAAAACAUCCAUAAUUAUUAUGUGAGCAGCUAAUUCAUUUUCUACACAUGACUCGUUCAAUACGUUUCAUAUCGUCGUCUAUUACAUCUAUAUUGCGUGGUAUAACAACCUUAGAAUAAUAAGCACAAUGUAAUAAAAGACAAUUUGUUUUUAUAUCCAAUGAUUUGUGUGUAAAAUAGUGAUAGGACUGACAUAUCAAAAGAAAUAUUACCUUCUCCACAACAUUUACUGUUAACUCAACAAAGAAUAUGCGUAGAAUGUGGUGCACACAAUAAUGGUUGUCUGAUCAAACAAUCUAACUUAUCCCGCGAACCAGGAUAUCUCAACACGAAGCAAACAAAAACGAAAGCAAAGACAGUCAAACUGCCAAAAAAUCACCCACCGUUAGCCUGUACUAGUAAGCAGUCAGCAUACGUGCAGUAUAAUCUAAAAGUUACAACAGACGAUUGAUUUAUGUGCAAAAAUGUGGUCCCAAAACUGGAUCACACCACCUUGAAGCUGAGGAGCAAGCGAGGGCUGGACAGGAUUUGCCGACAAUAACAUACGCAUUUCCGCACAUUUGCCUAAAACCGUGUGAGCUUUUUACCCUACUGUUUGAUCGGCUGGUUUUUUAAGUAUAAGCAGAUAUUCAGAGGCUCGGAGAAAUAAUCAUAUAAUGCCAAUCAACCCUAUCCUUACAUAUAACCCGAGACUGUGCACUUAAUGUGUGCACAAAGCGAAUUGAUAAAACCAACUUUUUAUUUCUUUAUGAUGCCGCCCUAACAAUUUGGCUACGAAGUCACAACUGAAACUGUUGAUUUUUUUUUUCCUUUCCGCUUUGGUUUCAUUUUGAAAGUUUACUUGAAUACUAUCACCUAAAAAUAUCUAGCGUUUUUUGAAUAAAUUUUCAAACGGUUCCCAUUACGGGUUCCGUUCUCUUCCACACUUUCCAAAGAUUGAUAAAGUUUUUACAAUUGUUCAACAUGAAGUAAUCGAUGAAAACGAUACAUAUAGUUUUUCGACUCAGUACCAUUUUGAUACAACAGUAGUCAUUUCUUGUGAUAUUAAAUCUAGUUUCUUAAAUAUAAACGUUAAUACGUACUUCAACCCUCAGUUACAGCUCUGAAUAAAUGUAUAAUUAUACAAGUUUUGCUUUUUACAGAGGAAGCAUUGUUGUGACUUUUUCCUUUUUAUUGUGAGUGAGCAAAUAUGCGAAUGGAAAAAGGAUAAAAGUGAAACUCUCUGUUCAUUUCUUAAAAUGUAGAAAGCAAUUAUAGUUGAACAAGAUUCCAAAUCGCUGUUUUGUUGUAAUGUUUCUUCACAUGUUUGUCGUGAGCGGAUUUGUUUUACUGAUAUUUGAAGGUGUAUUUAGAGGGGCAAAGCAUUGCGCUGUCUGCAAACGUUCGACGGAUGUUCAAAAUAGAUUUAUCAGAUUUAUAUAUUUACCAUUAUGGCGAUUAGUGAAACACUCACAUCAAUAUAAAAGUCAACAAAA